AGUAUGUUUCGAGCCCCACAAGGCAGAUCAAUCAAAUUUUUUCUUGUAUUACUAUUGGUUAACAUACUGUGGCUAGUCCGAGUUUAUCCGCCUUCUUCCGGUUAUUAUGGGAAUGCAAGCACAACACAGCAGAGUAUUCAGACCAAAGUAAAAUCUGCUGGCACUGUGAACUGUCCCCAUGAUGAGAAUACAGCAUAUCAACAGAAGCAGACUCAACUGCAGACGCCGAUCUUUGACCAUUUUUUACCCCAAAGCAAUAAUUCAAAAUUAACAUUUGAGAACUUAGACUUCAGCUAUGGACGCUGGGAUAAUCAACACAAGUAUAAGAUAAAGGAUUUCGCCGUAGUUGGAGAUCAGUAUUCGGAAUCGUCCAAGAUUAGCCUGAUCUGCCUGGCAACGCAAAGUUCUGUGGAGCGUUUAUAUUCCUUUCCCCAGGUUGCUGCGAAUUGGCGAGCGCCGAUUUCAGUGACACUAUUCUCCGCGGGAAACGAGGAAUAUAUUAUAUUGCGAUAUUUUGUCACAUAUUUGCGUCUCUGCUUUCCGAAUAUUAAGGCAAAUGCGACUUUUCAUAUCUUAGUUCCCGAGGAAUAUGACAAACUGCCAAGAAUCGUAACGGAAUCGUUGAAUAUAAAGGCAAAAUUCAAUUGCCAAAAUCCUGAUAAAACAUUAAAGUCGCUUUUGAAAUUGCGCACAAUUAAAACAUUGGAGUGGCGUAAAAAGAAUAUAUAUCCUCAGAAUCAUAUGCGGAAUAUAGCGCGAAAAGGAUGUCAAACGAAAUAUGUGUUUUUAACUGACAUCGACAUAAUACCUAGUCUCAACAGUGUUGUUGAGCUCAAUAACUUCUUUAAAACUGUGAUUUGCGAAGGAUAUUGCGCCUAUGUGAUUCCCACAUUUGAAAUCGAUGUUCGUGCAGCCUUUCCACGUUCCAAGGACCUUCUGCGGGGACUAAUUAAAAAGGGACUGGCCAGACCGUUUCAUGAAAAAGUAUUCAUUUACAACCAAUAUGCGACAAACUUUUCAAAGUGGUUAUCAACGAAUCGUAGUGAGACUGCAGUCAGAAUAAGCCACACCGUCACAAAUUUUGAGUUCUUAUAUGAACCAUUUUAUAUAGCAAUAGAUAGCGCUCCCGCGCAUGACGAAAGAUUUACUGGAUAUGGAUUUACGAGAAAUUCUCAAGUAUAUGAAAUGUAUGUGGCUGGAUACAAGUUCUACGUUCUUUCACCGGUAUUCACAUGCCACUGGGGCCUACAAAGAAAGCAAGCGAGGCCGGCUUGGAGAGAACAACAAAAUAAUGCAAAUAGAAAAAAAUUUGAAGUCUUCAAAAGUGAAAUAUUUGCGCGCUAUAAGAAUAAUCCACAUUUGAAAUAAUAACUUUAUCAACAAAUUAACUGUUAUGAAGACAUUUUUAUGAAAUUUGUAGAACUUUUGAAUAAUUUUAUCGAAAAAUCAUUAAAUCUUUUUGUUCGAC